AACAUCGCUGCUUGUUGCGACUUUUUGGAUGAACGUUGGUGUUAAAAUUGUUAAUAAUUACCUUAAAGUGUAUUGCGGUGUUUUGUCCAAAAUGGCGACGGACGUGUCCAAGUAGUCUGGUUGUUUUUCCUUAAUCUGUGGACAUUUCUAGCAAGUAGUUUCGUCUUUACACUGAGCUGCCAUGGAGGGUUUGGAAGAGAAGCUCAAAGGAUUGUCCAUCGCUCGGCGGUCACGCCCAGAGGAACCGACCUACCUGCUGGACGUCGCCCUGCAAUCGGCCGGCUUGCUGGCCGUGUCCUGCUCCAACUUCACCAUCCACCUCCACAACAAGGACAGUCUGAACCUGGUGGGAGAGUAUCGGGGCCACAGCAGGCCGCUUUGUGGGGUCGUUUUCUCCCACACCUCCCCUGACUUCCUCUACUCUGGUUCUGCUGAUGGGACGGUCCGGGGGUGGGAUGUGCGCCGCCCCGGGACAGAGGCAGCCCAGGUGUUUAAAAGUGACUCAUCUCACAGCUACUGUAGCUUCGACUUGAGCUGCAGCGACACGCUCCUGUGUGCCGGCACCGAGCAGGUCAAUGAUGAAGACAGCUUCCUGGUUUUUUGGGACGUCAGGAAACCAGGCAGCGGGCUCCUCGGGGUGUAUUCUGAGUCUCACAGUGAUGACAUCACACAGGUGUGCUUCCAUCCUCGAGAGAAAGACCGCCUGGCGUCCAGCUCCACAGAUGGCCUUGUUAAUGUUUUUGACCUGAGUCGGGGAGCGGAGGAGGAGGCGCUGCUGGCCACCUGCAACAGCGACUCGUCUGCAGCCUCCGUGUGUUGGUCCGGAGCUGAGUACACGCAGCUUCUGUGCCUCAGCUACGACGAAGGGCUGCACCUGUGGGAUCUGGGGCAGCUGGACACGGACAAGCCCCUCACCGUUUUCAGCACCUCUGACGCUCGCAGCCUGCCUCUGCUGGCUGACGGGGGAGCCGUGGAUUACCUGGUGGGGGGCAGGUGGCUGCAAAGGACCCAGAAGCUGCUGGUGGUCGGAGGGAAGAACAACGGGGAUCUCCACCUGAUGGAGUGUGACGAAGGGGGGCUUCGCCUGCUGAGGACCCUCGAAGGCGGUCACGCCUCCACGGUGCGCUGCUUCCUGUGGGACGCGGCGGGGGAGGCUCUGGUGACCGGGGGAGAGGAUGCUCAGCUGCUGCUAUGGAAACCGGGAGGGGAGGAGCUCACAAUGGGGAAAAGGGAGUCCAAGAAGAGCCAAUCAGCUUUGAGACUCAAAUCCAGGCCGCAUAAAAAACACGGCUACAAGAGAGAAAAGAAAGAAGCAUAGCCAAGGACUCGACUCAAAAUACUGAAUCGGACGAACUGGACUCCUUUGCAAACAUUUUAUUUCUGAGAGAAACAUUCAAACUGUUCUUAGUUCGACACAUAAAGAAUAUUGUGUUCGCAGCACAGUCACUAAAGGUUAGGACACUUUACAUUUCAGGACAGAAUAAUUGCUCAAGCGUGCGUUUUCUGUUUCGGUGCGACCUCCAUCUGUUCCUGCAGACUCACAGGUCAAAGUUCACCUUGGUUAAACUUUAAAUCAGGCGGAUUAAAAGUAUUUUGUACGUUACAUCAUCGACAGCCUUUGAUCACUUUCAUCAUACUUAUUUAUUACCUGCAACAGGAGGGGGAAAUUACCCUUAUAUCCUUACACCUGGUGUCGACAUGUGUUCUAGAUACAUUAUUUAAACAAUAUUUAAAUACGAAUAUUUAAUUAAAUGACAUCUUAUCCACUGACCUUUGUAUUAAUAAGUGAUGUUGUUAUCUUGAUUCGGCCCACAUCGUGAACGGAUGUACUAAACUAAACUAAAUGUGCAAAUUGGGGAAGUAGAGCUCAAAAGUGAUGUGGGGUCGCCACAACAUGCAAGGUCAUGUGACUGAUGGAGACAGGAAAUGGCAGGUGGGCUGCACCUGCAUUAACCUGCGCUUUUCCAGAUCUAGAUUAAAUAUCCAGAUACAGAUUGGAUGUUAAAUAAAGAUGGAAUUAUGGUCUCCCACUUACUGAACUAUGGCUGUAUUCAAUAUUGCAUGCUAACGUACUCGAUCAGUAUGUACUGCGCACUAACAUAACCGUUAGCUAUACCAAGCAGACUGUUUACACUGAAGUAAACUCAAGCGACACGCUUUCUCUGCAUCACGUGACUGUUUCGAUCGUUACAGAUCCGAGCUAACGCAGAAUACAAAUUGUGAAUCACAAAUGUAAAUCAACAUUAUUCCACUCAAUUUAAUAUUUUCCAGUAUAUUUUUAAGGCAACUUAAAAUGCUUGAAUAUUUUAGUAUUAAAUAAGUUUUCUACAGUACAUUAUAUAUGUACAUUAGGGUACAUUAUAACUUUAACGUCAAGCACCGUCUUAUACGUAAUUAUUUUAUCCAAAGGUUAAUUAUUUAAACCGCCUGCCUUGCAGUCUGCCAUUGGAUGUCAUACUCAGUGUGAAUAGUAUGUUGGUAUGCAAUGUUGUAUGUACUAUGUUCACGCUUGACAAGUGACAACAUGAAUAUUUAAAGAUGUAAACUACUUCGAUUUUUUAAUUGCUAACAUAUUCCUUCAAUGGAACAGAAGAACUACUCAGAGCGACCCCAGGAAGAUCUCAGAAAACCAAAAAACUGAAUAAAAAACAAGUUAAUAUUUGGAAAA